CUGAGCUCGUCGUGUCCCGGCCUCCAGCGGCGGCGGCAGUGACGGCGGCGGCGGCGGCAGCAGGAGGCGGCGGGGGGAGCGGGAGCCACUGAGAUGAGGAGGCGCCGCGCGCGCCUGUAGCUCGCGGGCCUCGCAGUUUGUUUGCCUAAUUUGGACUUGAAGCAAUCCAGCUAUUGGAAAUCUGCCAUUUUACAGUAUCACAAUUGGAAGGAAGCAGGUUUUCAAAUAAUGGAAGACUUUAAGACCUCUAAAAAUGAAAAUCAUGAACCAAAGAAGAAUGCUUGGGCUCUUUCUGAAGAAAGCAAAGCAGUUAAAGUUAUAUCUAAUCAAACUUUGAAAGCUAGAAAUGAUAAAUCCAUAAAAGAAAUUGGGACCAGCUCUCCAAAUAAGAACACUAUUAAAAAAAAUAAGCAAAAUGAUAUUUGUAUAGAAAAAACAGAAGUUAAAUCAUGUAAAGUAGCUGCCAACAUAGCAAGCCCUAAAGAUUUGGGAUUAGUCUUUCGAGAUCAAAGUCAUUGCAAAACAAAAAAAUCACCUAAUUCACCGGUGAAAGUAGAAAAGGUACCUGUUUCACAAGCGAAAGCAGAAAAAUCACCAAAGUCCCCUAAUUCACCAGUGAAAACAGAAAAGACACCCAGCUCACAGGUGACAGCAACAGAAAAGGCACUUAGUUCACAGAGGAAAAUGGAAAAAGUACCCAGUUCUCAGAUGAAAUUGGAAAAGGUCCCUGGUUCACCAGCAGAACCAGAGAAGGCGUCCAGUUUACUGUUGAAGGAAACUAUGCGACGUACAGAAUUACCACAGAUUGGAAAAAAAAUUCCAAGCUCUUUUACUUCUUUGGACAAAGUGAAUAUUGAUGUGGACGGAGGAACAUCUGCUUUGGAAAACUCACCAGGAUCUCAGAAGCAACAAGCAUGUACAGAUAAUACUGGUGAUUCUGAUGAUAGUGCGUCAGGAAUUGAAGACAUAUCGGAUGAUUUGAGUAAAAUGAAGAAUGAUGACUCUAAUAAAGAAAACUCUUCAGAGAUGGAGUAUUUAGAAAAUGCUACUGUGAUAGAUGAAUCUGCAUUGACACCUGAGCAGAGGCUAGGCUUGAAACAAGCAGAAGAACGCUUAGAAAGAGAUCACAUCUUUCGACUUGAAAAACGCUCACCAGAAUAUACCAAUUGCCGAUAUCUAUGCAAACUUUGCUUAAUUCACAUUGAAAACAUCCAGGGAGCUCAUAAACAUAUAAAGGAGAAACGACAUAAGAAAAAUAUUUUGGAAAAACAGGAAGAAAGUGAGCUUCGUUCUCUGCCACCUCCUACUCCUGGCCACUUGGCUGCUUUAAGUGUUGCAGUUAUUGAACUAGCAAAAGAACAUGGAAUAACAGAUGAUGACCUCAGAGUCCGUCAGGAAAUUGUGGAGGAAAUGUCAAAGAUUAUAACAACGUUUUUACCAGAGUGUUCACUUAGGUUGUAUGGCUCAUCUCUGACUAAGUUUGCUCUGAAAAAUAGUGAUGUUAAUAUAGAUAUAAAAUUUCCUCCCAGGAUGAAUCAUCCAGAUCUUCUGAUACAAGUGCUUGGGAUUUUAAAAAAAAGUGUAUUAUAUAUAGAUGUGGAAUCUGAUUUUCAUGCCAAAGUUCCUGUUGUGGUAUGCAAAGAUCGGAAAAGUGGUUUGCUUUGUAGAGUGAGUGCAGGAAAUGAUAUGGCAUGCCUCACGACUGAUUUACUUGCUGCUCUUGGCAAGUUGGAACCUGUCUUUACUCCCUUGGUGUUAGCCUUUCGCUACUGGGCUAAGUUAUGCUAUAUUGACUCCCAAACUGAUGGUGGAAUCCCUUCCUACUGUUUUGCUUUAAUGGUGAUGUUUUUUCUACAACAAAGAAAACCCCCUCUUCUUCCUUGCUUACUUGGAACUUGGAUUGAAGGCUUUGACCCAAAAAGAAUGGAUGACUUUCAGCUGAAGGGCAUAGUAGAAGAGAAGUUUGUGAAGUGGGAAUAUAAUUCAAGUAGUGCAACUGAGAAAAACUCAAUUGCUGAGGAAAACAAAGCUAAGGCAGACCAACCAAAAGAUGAUACCAAGAAGACAGACACAGACAACCAAAGUAAUGCCAUGAAGGAAAAACAUGGCAAAUCUCCUUUAACAUUGGGAACACCAAAUCAGGUAUCCUUGGGGCAGUUGUGGUUAGAGCUGCUAAAAUUUUACACACUGGAUUUUGCUUUGGAAGAAUAUGUCAUAUGUGUACGGAUACAAGAUAUUUUAACAAGAGAAAACAAAAACUGGCCUAAAAGGCGAAUAGCUAUUGAAGAUCCAUUUUCAGUCAAGAGGAAUGUUGCACGGAGCUUAAACAGCCAGCUUGUUUAUGAAUAUGUUGUGGAGAGAUUCAGGGCAGCUUAUCGGUAUUUCGCCUGUCCUCAGAGGAAGGGUGGAAAUAAAUCUACAGUGGAUUCCAUGAAAAAAGAGAAGGUGAAAAUAAGCAAUAAGAAACCAGUGAAGUCUGACAGUAUGGCAUCCAGUUGUUACAUUCUACUUGGAGAAAGCACAGAAAAAAUAAAUGCAGAAAGAGGUCAACCUGAUAAAUAUGAUGAAAUGGAAUGUACAUCGCAGAGAUGUAUUACUGAAGAUAACAGUUUGUUGGUAAAUGAACCAGAUUUGGUUGAACUUGGACAGGAAUCUUCCUGUCUUUCUACCAGUGAAGGCAGUGAAUUAGAGCCAAAAUCAAAUAAGAAACAAGAUGAUUUAGCACCUUCAGAAACUUGUUUAAAAAAGGAACUCAGCCAGUGUAAUUGUGUUGAUUAUAAAUCCCCUGACCCAGAUGAAUCUGUUGGUACAGACUGCAGGUCAAAUACAGAAACCGAGAGUUCACAUCUCAUUGUGAGCACUGACACAUCUGCUACCUCUUGCAACUGCAAAGCUACAGAAGAUGCUUCUAACCUUAAUGAUGAUGAUAACCACCCCAUCCAGGAAUUAUAUUAUGUGUUUGAUAAGUUUAUUUUAACCUCUGGCAAGCCACCAACGAUAGUAUGCAGCAUCUGCAAAAAAGAUGGCCAUUCAAAAAAUGAUUGUCCAGAGGAUUUCAGGAAAAUUGAUCUAAAACCUCUACCACCAAUGACAAAUCGAUUUCGGGAAAUACUUGAUUUAGUAUGUAAAAGAUGUUUUGAUGAGUUAUCACCACCCUUUUCUGAACAACACAACAGGGAGCAAAUUUUAAUUGGCUUGGAAAAGUUUAUUCAAAAAGAAUAUGAUGAAAAGGCAAGAUUGUGCUUAUUUGGCUCUUCUAAGAAUGGAUUUGGAUUUCGUGAUAGUGAUCUGGAUAUCUGUAUGACCCUGGAAGGCCAUGAAAAUGCAGAGAAAUUAAACUGUAAAGAAAUAAUUGAAAAUUUGGCAAAAAUUCUUAAGAGACAUCCAGGUUUAAGAAACAUUUUGCCUAUAACUACUGCCAAAGUGCCUAUAGUAAAAUUUGAACAUAGACGAAGUGGUUUAGAAGGUGAUAUCAGUUUAUAUAAUACAUUGGCUCAACAUAACACAAGAAUGCUAGCUACUUAUGCAGCUAUUGAUCCUAGAGUACAGUACUUGGGAUAUACUAUGAAAGUGUUUGCAAAGCGAUGUGACAUUGGAGAUGCUUCCAGGGGAAGUUUAUCUUCAUAUGCUUAUAUCCUUAUGGUGCUGUACUUUCUGCAGCAGAGAAAACCACCUGUUAUCCCAGUUCUCCAAGAGAUCUUUGAUGGAAAACAGAUUCCACAGAGAAUGGUUGAUGGAUGGAAUGCAUUUUUCUUUGAUAAAACAGAAGAACUGAAAAAGCGUUUACCUUCACUUGGAAAGAACACAGAAACAUUAGGAGAGCUUUGGUUGGGACUGCUUCGCUUCUAUACUGAAGAGUUUGAUUUCAAGGAAUAUGUAAUUAGCAUUCGGCAGAAAAAGCUGUUGACAACUUUUGAGAAGCAGUGGACAUCCAAAUGCAUUGCAAUUGAAGAUCCUUUUGACUUGAAUCAUAACCUUGGUGCUGGAGUUUCUAGAAAAAUGACCAAUUUUAUCAUGAAGGCAUUUAUCAAUGGAAGGAAGCUUUUUGGUACCCCCUUUUAUCCACUCAUUGGCAGAGAAGCUGAGUACUUCUUUGAUUCCCGAGUAUUAACAGAUGGAGAACUGGCUCCCAACGAUCGAUGUUGUCGUGUGUGUGGAAAAAUAGGCCACUACAUGAAAGACUGCCCUAAAAGGAGAAGCAGUUUACUGUUUAGACUAAAGAAGAAAGACAGUGAAGAAGAGAAGGAUGGGAAUGAAGAGGAGAAAGAUUCCCGAGACCUUGUUGACCCCCGAGACCUCCACGACACUCGAGAGUUUAGAGACCCCAGAGACCUCAGAUGCUUUAUAUGUGGAGAUGCAGGACAUGUACGAAGGGAGUGUCCAGAGGUCAAGCUGGCCCGUCAGAGGAAUAGCAGUGUGGCAGCAGCCCAGCUGGUCCGCAACCUUGUAAAUGCCCAACAGGUGGCUGGUUCAGCCCAGCAACAGGGUGAUCAGUCCAUAAGGACUAGACAGUCCUCAGAAUGUUCUGAUUCACCAUCUUAUUCUCCUCAGCCCCAGCCGUUUCCACAGAAUUCUUCCCAAUCAGCUGCCAUUACUCAGUCUCCAUCCCAGCCAGGAUCCCAACCCAAGCUUGGCCCACCUCAGCAGGGAGCCCAGCCCCCCCAUCAGGUCCAGAUGCCUAUGUAUAACUUUCCCCAGUCACCACCAGCUCAGUAUUCUCCCAUGCACAAUAUGGGAUUGUUGCCAAUGCACCCUCUCCAGAUCCCUGCCCCAUCCUGGCCUAUCCAUGGUCCAGUGAUCCAUUCUGCACCAGGCAGUGCCCCCAGCAAUAUUGGCCUGAACGAUCCCAGCAUCAUCUUUGCACAGCCUGCUGCCAGACCUGUGGCGAUCCCUAACUCCUCUCAUGAUGGACACUGGCCUCGUACUGUGGCUCCAAAUUCCCUGGUGAACAAUGGUACAGUGGGGAAUUCGGAGCCAGGCUUUCCAGGACUAAAUCCUCCAAUUCCUUGGGAACAUGCACCACGUCCCCAUUUCCCUCUUGUCCCAGCUUCGUGGCCUUAUGGUUUGCAUCAAAACUUCAUGCAUCAGGGAAAUGCCAGAUUUCAGCCCAACAAACCGUUCUAUACUCAAGACAGAUGUGCCACCCGUCGAUGUAGAGAGCGUUGUCCCCACCCACCAAGAGGAAACGUGUCGGAGUAAUGCGAGUCCAUUUUCUUUCAGCUGGUCUACCGAUGCACAGCAACCAGCCAAUCCUGCUGUCUCAAGGGUAUCCGUACCUCAAUGUCAGUUACAUUCAGCAGAAAAAGUGACAUUUAAUGGAAAGCAAAACAAAUCAGGUCCUGAUUUAAAAUUUUAACACGUUUAGAUAGCUUAUUUAAAUUCUAAGACUGUUUUUAAAGACUGUAUUAUUUGUAUAUAAAUAUGAACUAUAGUUUUUACUAGUAUCACCAAAUUGAGUGAUACAAAUUUCAUCUAUUUUAUUACCCUAUUUUUAAGGGAAUUUUAUGUUUUGUUUAAUCUUGAUGAAUUGUAUAAAGAGAGAAUUUAAAAAUUACAUUCUUUAUUUUCUAUUAGCUGUAUUCAUACUUUGGUUGCUUCAGACUUUAUAUAUAUUGUUCUUAAGAAUUAGGAAAAACUUUCAUGUGUUUUAAAUUUGUCACUUCUAUUCUUUACAGAACCUUGUAGUGCCAAAAAACUUUUUAAAAGGUAAAAAAAAAAUAAAACUACAACGUGAAGAUUCAGAAUUUUUUUCUUUUACAUUCUUGUCUAUUGAAAAUAAUCAAACUUGAACAGAAAGUUGCUUUUGUCUGUAUUUGAAGUAAUUCUAUUUUAAGUUAAUAAAUCUUUUUGACAAGAGUCAAAUUUGGUUAAUUCAUAUGGUUGUUAGAUCAUGGAAAUACAACGUAAUAAUUAGGACAUUUGUUUUACACUCCAUGAAUAGAGUAUUCUAAAUUACAGACUUAGUUUUAGAGAUCUAAGGAUCUUUUUUUUGUCCUUUAUUUUACUGGAUCUUCACAGCACCCAAUGAAGUUGACAGAAACAUAUGCUAUCUCCAUUCUAUAAUUGAGAAAACUGAGGUGCAAAACAAUGAAGUGAAAUUCAAGGUAGCACACUUAUAUGUUGGAAUUGAAACAGAUCUUUUGAAGGAGAAUUUUUAAACGCUGAGGCUGAUACUGGCAGUUGGAGUGGAGGGAAGAUAUUUCUUACUGGGUUACUAGUAUGUGCCAGCAUAUCCAUUUUGAGUUCUGUUACUACCUGGAAUGCACACUUGCCAGGAUGGUUUUUACCAAUAAUCACUGAUUAUAAUUGAAAUUAAAACUUGUGUUCUGGUGGUAUUUUGGUACAUCAAAGUUGAGGUCAUUUUGUCUAAAACCCCCAGGUACAUGUUUGUCAGGGAUUUUGGACUAAAUGAUGGUGUAUAAAUUUGGAAAUCUGCAGAAUAAGUAAAUACAAAUGUAUUUUAAGGAUAGUGUAUUAUCUUUGUUCUGCUUUCUCAGAUAUGCAUUACUUAAAUAGGAGACUACCUGUGCUUUUGCCAUAUUUUCCAGCUUGGAAGAUGCUUGAAAUCUAUUGCAGGAUGUUGAGGGCUUUCCUGCCAUAUUUGCAGCCCUGAAAAGGUAUUUAUUAAAUGUUAAGAUUAGGUGUAUUUACUGUUAGUUUUUCAUAUUAAAACUUCAGUAUCUUUCAGAAUCCUACUAAAUGAUGGACUUCACUCAUUUGUUUUGUUAAAGAGAUAGCUGGCCCAGUGUAUACUUUUAUGUUAAAAUACAGGCAUACCUCAGAAAUCUUGGCAGGUUAGGUACCAGGUCACUGCAAUAAAGUGAGUAUCACAAUAAAGUGAACAGAUGCCUUUUUUGAUUUUCGCAGUACAUAUAAAAGUUAUGUUUACACUAUACUGUAAUUGAUAAAGUAUGCAAUAGCAUUAUGUUGAAAAUAUACAUCUUAAUUAAAACGUACUUUUAUUGCUAAAAAGAUGCUAACCAUCAGCUGAGCUUUAGUGAGUUGUAAUCUUUUUGGUGGUGGAGGAUCUUGAUGAGUGCUGACUGAUCAGGGUAGUGGUUGCUGAAGGUUGGAGUGGCUCUGGCAAUGUCUUAAAACAAGACAAUGAAGUUUGCCAUAUCGAUUGACUUUCCUUUCACUUGAGCACUUGGGGCCAUUGUAGGGUUAUAAAUUAGCCUAAUUUCAGUAUUAUGUCUCAGGGAAUAGGGAAGUCCAAGAGGAGGGAGACAGAGGUCAGUAGAGCAGUCAGAACACACACAUUUAUUUAGUUUGCUGUUUUACAUGGGCAUAAUUUUUGACACCCCAAACCAUGGCUUAGAUCACCAUAACAAAUAUAAUAAUAAAAAAGUUUAAAAUACUGUGAGAAUUACCAAAAUGUAAUAGAGACACAAAGUUGUCCAAUGCAAUUAGACAAAAGGUAGCUAUAUACUUGCUUGAUGCAGGGUAGCCAUAAACCUUCAAUUUAUUUACAAAAAAACCCCAACAAAACCAAAAUUCAUGAUCUGUGAUAGUGCAAUAAAGUGAAGUGCAGUAGAACAAGGAAUGCCUGUAUGACUUGGAGCACUCAGGAUUUUUUUUUGAAGUUAAGUGUUUAUGUAUUUAAUCUUUUUUCAAGUCUUAGAGAACAGAUGAUGAGGUGUACAGGAUGUUUAUUUUACUGUUCUUUUGUAUAUACUUGAAAUUUUUAUUGGGAAAAAAUUCUCCCAACAAGAUACUGCCUCCAGCUCAGCCUUAUUUUCUAUAGGAAGGCAGACCAUCUGGCAAAAGGUACUUUUGGGGCAAUAAAGCCCAGUGACCUAGGUUUUAAUUAUAUGACAGUGUUUUAUGUAGUUACUUUCAGCAUCUCAUUUGUCCCUCUUUCAGCAAUUACCAGUGCCCAGUAAAUGGCAAAACUGUACCAAGUGGAAAAAUAGAAUACUCUUAGUUCGUAGUUUAUACAAUAGUAGUUUAGAAGUUUGCAAACUUCUCAGAGAAGUUGUAAACUUAAGUUUUUAUUGUGAAUCAAAUUCAUUGUAGAGUAAUUGAAAUGCCCAGAUUAUCAAUUUUACGUAGAGUACACAUACACACACUAUACUUAAGAUCAUAUUGUUUUGUAUAAUGUUUAAUGACACGGAGAGAUUAAUAUUUUCAUUGUCAUUAAAGAUUAUUCAAAAGUAUGAAUAUUAAUGAUGUGUCAUUUAUUUGUUUAGUCCCCUACAGGUGGGACAUUUCUGCUUUUUUUCUCCUGUAUAAAUAAUAUGUAAAAUGAUGGGAUAAAGCUAUUUUUAGCUAUAUUAUGGUGAAUUUAUGUAUUUAUAUUCAUAUGUGGGAAUAUUAGGUAAAAAGGAUAAAAGGUCUAAGGUUCUUGCUAUAUAUUGCUACAUUGCCCUCCAGGAAAAUGGUUACCAUUUUGCGGUCCCGACAAACAAUAUAUAAAAUGUACUGGUAAGCUUAUAAAGUAGCUUUGAAGUCCAAACAGUUCAUUUUUUACCCUGGUAAAGGAUAAUUUAAAUGUGUUUAUUUUAAAAAAAAAAAAAAGGAAUCUUACCUAAAAGAACAAAGUAUAAAAAUCACACAAAAGGGGGCGCCUGGGUGGUUCAGUGGGUUAAAGCUUCUGCCUUCUGCUCAGGUCCUGAUCCCAAUGUCCUGGGAUCGAGCCCGUAUCGGGCUCUCUGCUCAGCGGGGAGCCUGCUUCCACCCUUCUCUCUGCCUGCCUCUCUGCCUACUUGUGAUCUCUGACAAAUAAAUAAAUAAAAUCUUAAAAAAAAAAAAAUCACACAAAAGUCCAUCUAUCAGAAAAUAGAUACUGUUAAGAGCUGGUGAACUUCAUUCAUUCCACCUCUCUUUAAGUAACCUUUACAUCCAACAUGGGAUUCGAAUUCCUGAGAUCAAGGGCCACACACUCUUCCAACUGAGCUAGCCAGGUGCCUCCCUCCAUCCCCAACUAUCUUUCUUAAACAUAGACAUACAUACAUACAAAAGUGGGCUCAUAUAUUAUGUUUACUAAACAUAGCAAAUUAAUUUUACUUGGACUUAAAAGUAAAAGAAAUGCUUAACUUUUGAAGUUUUUUCUAUGGUAGUUCUAAAAGAUUCCUCUUAAAAUUAAGGACAGUUACAGAAAACAUAGAGCUAUUUCCUAAUUCUCAUGUAUGUUUUAAUUAGAAACCAUUUAUAACUCCUGUUAUGAAAAAUAUAAUCAGCAAACUUAAUAGUUCCUCUACUUCUUGCUUAUAUUACUUCUUACAUAGAUAUUGUUCACAUACAAGUUGAACCCUAAAAUUAUUUCCCAUUAUUUUUAUUUGGUCUUUAGAAUUUUUGACACCACUCCCUUUAUGGCUUUUUUUCAAAGUCCUUGAUUUGAUUCUUAUUGGAUGAAUUUCAUUAUCAGGCAGUUUUUUAGUAUUCCUAUUCUCUUUACAUUUUAAAGAAAACAGCUUUAGCUAGGUAUAAAGUUCUUAUCACUAUUUUCCGCAGACCUCUAGAGCCUUUUUGCUUCACUGCCUUAGGAAGUUUGCUGUAAGAUGAGACCAGCUUGAUUUCCAUCGCCUUCAUUAUUUAGGACUUGAUUUUUCUGCUUAUAUGUCCCUGUAAUUCUUUAUAUCUUAAAUUCAUCAGGAUACUUGAUAGAUUUUUAUUAUUUUUAUAAGAAUUCUCUUGUAUCUGGACAUCUCAUUUACUCAGUUCUCUUCAUGAGGAAUGUGAAUUAUGCAUACAUAGGAUUUCAUGUGUUUUAUUACCUUUGUAGCUUUUACAUUUAUUAUUUUCCAUUUUUAUUUCCUCCACACUUUAUUUUAUACUGUUAUCUAAUAAGGCUUUAAUUUCUUCAGCUUUUCAAAUCUUCAUUUAAGUUCUGCAAGCUUAUUUUCCAUCCCUUACCUUUUAAUAUCAUCUUUGAACUUGUAUACUUUGUGUUUUUGUUUUUUUUUUUUAAAGAUUUUUGUUUAUUUACUUGACAGAAACAGACAGCGAGAGAGGGAGUACAAGCAGGGGGAGUGGGAGAGGGAGAAGCAAGCUUCCUGCUGAACAGGGAGCCUGGGGCUUGAUCCCAGGACCCUGGAACCCAAGGAUCAUGACCUGAGCUGAAGGCAGACGCUUAACUACUGAGCCACUCAGGCACUCCUGUACUUUGCAUUUUUAAUCACUUUGUUACAGUAUUUUUUCAGUCUGUGGAGAACUUGAUACUUUAACUUUCUGUAGGGAGUGACCAGCAUCUGUGAGCAUUCUUUUCUGAUUACUGUUUAUUUAACCUUAGGUCGUACAUAGAUCAAUUAUAUAAUGGAACAGGAAGGGGCUAGUGGAAUGAGCUUUCAAAGUUGUGUUGUUAUGUUGGAAGACUUUCACCAAAUUAAUUGUGGGAAGUGAAAUAAAUUUAGUGGUUUACACCAAAUAUUAAAAAUACAGUAAAAAAAAUACUGUAGAGGAAAGAUCAGAAUGCAUUUUACAUUAAGGAGUAUUUUUUCCCCAAAAUUUGUUUCAGUUACAGAAUAUAUGUGUACAGAGGUAAAAUGUAAAGUGUUCCUUAAUACUGGCUAGUCAGAGUUACAAAGUUAAAGUUCUAGGGCCUCACCCAGUAUGUUAGCAGAUAGAUGACAGAAAUUGCCCUCAGCAAAGUUUGUCCUUAAGCUCCAUCUUCUCUGGAAUUCUGUAAUUUACCAAAUCAGUCUCUAGAGAGAUGUUCAACAUAUCCCACUCAAGAACUCUUAGCUCUCUGAAGUAAUGAAAGAAUGAGAAUAAUCUGUUUCCUGCUAGAAGUUGGCUGUGUUAACCAUAAUUUGGUUCAGAUUUCACCAUAUACCUGAGUAAGUAUGCACUAAGUUUAUAGUUUGAGAAUGCUUAUUUCUGUUAUUAAAAGUUGUUGGGUUUUUUUUGAAAUUUUUAAUCUUAUAUUUUAAAGUGAGUAUUUUUAACAAUAUACUGGAUGUUAACUUUGUUGGUCCAUAGGUCAUUAAUCCAGAAGACAUUUCUUUCCAUCCAAAUCACUUUGGUAAAGAAGUAACUGUUAGGAAAAAAAAAAAAAGAAAGAAAGAAAAAAAGAAAAAGAAUGAACUGUUAGGACUCAAUAACAGAUGUAAAUAGAGGUGUUUAUAUUUAAUUCUUAAAGGCAGUCUAUUAUAUAGUUGUCUAAUGGAUAGCAAGAACCGUUAUGGCCAACUUUUAUUAGCUCAUGUAUUAUCAGGAGAGGAAUCCUUGAAGAAUAUGAAAUCUCAAAUAUCCCAAAAUGCUUUAAUAUUGCUGCAAAAGUCCUUCAGUUCAAUAGCAAGCAAAAGAAUAUAUGACCAGAUAAAACUUCCCAAGAAGCUGGAUCCUAUGAGGCAUUUGGUCUUCAUAAUCCUUACUGGGUCCAGAGCUGCAGAAAGUCAAAACACUCCCCCUCCCCCGCUCCUUUUUUUCACUUUUCCCUUUUGAAAGGAGGAAAGGUAAGUACUGGUAGACAGAACUAGCAAAGAUCCCAACACCUUCAUGAUUAUCAGUGCCCGUGGACACUUUGCAUUUCUUAUUUUGCUUCUGAAUACUCAGACCUUAGCUUCUUUGCCAUACUGUCUCCUAAUUCUACCACCUUUCUGAAUGGUUCAUUUCCAUUUUCAGUUGGUUAACUGCACUGCUUCCCUCUCACCAGUGUUGAGUGUUGCCAAUGAUUCUGUUGUUGGCUUUCUUACAUAAACACUUCCUGGGCAAUCCCAUUUAAUUCUGCAUCUUCAUAAUUACCUCAAUGUUGUCAAUUCCGGGUUAGUUCACUAUGCUCAACUCCAUUUCCUACUUCUAACAACUUGGGCUUUAUCUAGUUGUACUAUACCAGCCUCUAAUUACACUUUAGGAUUAAACUGAAUGCAACACUUUACCAACACAACUUUCGCCACAUGCCUCUCUAAAGCCUGGCCUCUUCCUGUUGUAUUUUGUAGCUUUGUGAAUGAAUGGCAUUAUUUUCUAGCAAUUCAGGUCAAAACCCCAAGUGGUAUUAGAUAUUUCCUCUUUUUUCAGUCUUGUUGCACUACUGCUACUGAUAUACUUGGAUAAUGUCAGUGCUUACAAGAUAAAGGCAGAGCACCAUAACCUCGAAUUCAAGGCUCCUGGGGAAGAAGAAAUAUCAUUUAAGAAUGUUGUGUAAAAGGUAUUAAGUUUCAUUGUUUGAACUGUUCGAUGCAAUUGGAUUAAAUGAUCCAGAGAAGUCUUA